CUUUCCGAUAGACAGCCCUUUCCUAUCGUAUCGCCAUUUGUGUGGACACGAGUUAACACUAAUUGUAUUAAUUAUUAGUAAACCGAAACUCGAAAGACAUCAUCGAAAUGGUGGCCGAAAAGAAGUCGAAGAAGACAUUGGAGAGUAUUAACUCCCGAUUGGCUUUAGUCAUGAAGUCCGGGAAAUACAGUUUCGGUUACAAACAGACCCUGAAAACGCUUCGUUUGGGUAAAGCCAAACUGGUGAUCAUCGCCAACAAUACUCCACCGCUGAGGAAGUCUGAGAUCGAGUACUACGCGAUGUUAGCCAAGACAGGGGUUCACCACUACUCGGGAAACAACAUUGAGUUGGGAACCGCUUGUGGCAAAUACUACAGAGUCUGCUCCCUUUCCAUCACAGAUCCCGGGGAUUCAGAUAUUAUCAAAAGCAUGCCUUCGGAACAACAAUAAAUGCUUUGAUUUUGUAAAAAUUUGGUUAUAUUUAACAUAACUUUCAUUUAUUUGAGUUAAUAAAAGGCUGUGAAAUCGAUAACUGA